AUGGACAGUGACAGGAAGAUGCUGAAUGAUAGCACCUGCAAGGCUGUUUUGGCUGCAGAGAGGCAUGUAAGGGCCACUAGAGGCCUGCUUCUCCAAGGCUUCAGGGAACAAGUGCUGUCGGACCCAACUGCCACCUCCAUCUCAGACGGAGACUGUGAUGCCCGGGAGGGUGAGUCAGUAGCCAUGAAUUACAAACCAUCCCCGCUCCAAGUGAAGCUGGAGAAGCAACGGGAGCUGGCCCGGAAGGGCUCCCUGAAGAAUGGCAGUAUGGGUAGCCCUGUCAUCCAGCAACCCAAGAAGAACAAUGUCAUGGCCCGGACAAGGCUGGUCGUUCCCAAUAAAGGCUAUUCCUCGCUUGACCAGAGCCCAGACGAGAAGCCACUGGUAGCCCUUGACACUGACAGCGAUGAUGACUUUGACAUGUCCAGAUAUUCCUCCUCUGGCUACUCCUCCGCUGAGCAGAUCAACCAAGAUUUGAACAUCCAGCUGCUGAAGGAUGGCUACCGGUUAGACGAGAUCCCUGACGAUGAGGACCUGGACCUCAUUCCCCCCAAGUCCGUGAACCCCACCUGCAUGUGCUGCCAGGCCACAUCCUCCACUGCCUGCCACAUUCAGUAGCCAGUGGGGCCUCUGCAACUGAAGGAGCUGGGCCACCAUGGGCCAGGUUAGACAGCGCAGGGGCUAACCCCUCCCCAGCUCUUCUGCCUGACCCCUGGCCCUGCGUCCCCUACAGCCGCCAACCUCGUAAAAGUCAUUGCUUCCUCCUAUGGUAGGACGUGUACCUCUGUGUGUUCAUAGAGCCGGAGAAACCAAAACCGGGUCUCCCUCCACCCCAGGGGCUGAGGAGGGGAAGGGGCUAUUUGUUCGGUUACUUGAGGGAAUUUGCCCAGCACCUUGUCAUUCUCCCCAAAGCUGCAGUCCAGUGGGAGAGUGGGGGCCUGGACAGCAGGGAGGCCAACAGUAAUGAGUGGGGGGAGGGAUCACAAAGCCAGGGGCUUGGCCCCACCCCAGCGAAGCCAUGAACCCCCCAGCCCAAUGAGAAAAGGGGCUCUGAGGAAGAAAGGCCCAGGGCAGUGGGGGCAGGGCCCAGCACCUUGGGGCUCCCUCCAGCACUCCCUGCCUGCCCAUUACCUAUUUGCAUUUCUCCCCCCAUCUCCAGAAGGGAACCCUGACAAAGUUGCCCAGUGGGUUGUCCUCCACCUAUUGGAUCACUGCCUUCUUCCUCCUCUUUGCCCCAUUCACCCCUUCCUUCCUUAUUGUCUGAGUUGAGGGUAAGGUGGGCCUUAGAAACACGCCAGAGUUUGGGAUGGUUGGGAUGGUAUCAUCUGUCCUCAUCUGCCCCUAACCAAUGUAUCUCUCUGCCAACCACCACACACACACACACACACACACACAGCCUCUGUUCAUUGGUCUCUGGCCCAGGCUGGAUGCAGGAGAUAAGCCUGGCCUUGAAUGCCCUAUUCCCAUCUCACUCCAGGCCAAGAUUACAGAUCCUUCUUCCCAGUAAGAACCAUCAAGGAAGCAAGCUUAGGAGAAUACUGUGACUGCAUGUGUAUGGUAGGGAGAGCAUGGCAGAAUGCGUGUGUCUGAGGUUGUCAGGAUGUGUGUCUGUCUCUGCAGUGGGCUUGUCUUUCUAGAUGUCUAUUUCUGUCAUAGAUGGUGAGGAAGUGACUGUGUGAUCUGUUAACACUGUGAGAGGCUGUUCAGCAGUGCAGUGGACUGAGAGCCCUGGACUGGGAGUCAGAAGCCUGGGUUCUAGUCCUAGCUCUGGCACUGCCCCUGUGGUUUUCAAUAAGCCACUUGCAUUCCCUGGGCUUCAACUGUAAAAUGAGCAGCAUCUGAAAUUAUUGUUAAGGUUCUGAAGGAAUUUUUUCAUAGGAAUUUCUGUGGAGGUAUAUCUGGAGGUCUCCAUGUAUAGAGAUACACCUAGGAGGCUUCCUGAGUUGUAUGUCUGUGUGAAAAAAGGGGGAGGUUUCUAUGGCACCUGUGUAUGUCUGAGUGCAUGCAGAUCUAUUUGGGAGUAAGUAUGUGUGUGUGUAUGAAGGUGUAUGUGUGUGUGAGUAUAUAUUGUAUAUGUUGGUAUAUAUUGUGUAUGUAGUUAGUUAUAUGGGGUGUCUGUGAGUCAGAAUGUGUUUACUGCAACAUCCACUGCUGUUGCUGGGGUGAGGAAGAUGCCAGAAAAGCUGAUGAAGAAAGUCAAAAGGGAAAAGGUGACCAAGGUCCUCCCCUGGGACUGGACAGUAUAGACCUGCUCCCGUGUGAAGAAAAAUGAAAGCACAGGUAGCCUAAGACUGCUCAGGUCUAUGCCCCACAAACUCCAUAUCCCAGGGCCAGGGUGUAUACCCCCCAUUCUUCCAUGCUGCCACCUCACAGCCUAUUAUUCCCUGGAUUCCAUUCCUGGGAAGUGGGAGCUGGAAUGGGGAGAGGGUAAUGAGGAGUCAGGCUGCUAGCUUAGGAAGGGUAGCAGCUCUCCCUGCACCACAACCAGGGGCUGCCAGCUCCAAAGUGCUGAGGUGCAGCUCUCCACCCUCAAUUCCUCCAACCCACUCCUACCUCCUCUAGUACAGGGACCCUGGUUAGGUGAUGGGAAAAUGCCAAAUGGAGGCAAGGACAGAGACGGUACCUGCAGGGCCCACAGGCCCAUACCAGCCCCUGUCUGUGCCUGUCUCUCCCACUGUGGUCGGAUUCCUACACCCUGUCAUCUGGGCCCCAGAGCCAAGCCUCCUACUACCAAGCCUCCCACCACCCUGGGCUCCUUGACUCACCCUUUGAGAACACCCUUUGAGUACCUCCUCAUUUCCAGGCAGGGCCCCCACCAGGGCUCAUUUAGACUACUACCUUUGCUGCUGAUUUGCUGUGUGACUAUGGCCCACUGCUGAACCCCUUUGGCCCUGAGGAACCAGGGAAUAGCUCCCUCCCCACAGGACAUACCUAGUUCCCUGGCAGGAAAGGGCUUCCGACUGAGGCAGUAAAUGAGUGGUGGAGAGAGGUAGGAGGCUGGCAGCCAGCACCUUCUGGGACUAGGGAGUGUAUGGUUCCCUCCUCCCCUGUCUGGGAGGAUGGAGGGGAGGGAUUGAGGCCUUAGCUUGCCCCUGCCACCCUUCCCCCUGUAGAUACUGCCUUAACACUCCCUCUACCCUCAGCUCUGGCUGCCACCCAGUCAGGUUUCUCCGCGCUCACUAAUUUAUUUCCAGGAAGGUGUGUGGAAGACAUGAGCUGUGUAUAAUAUUUUUUUUAACAUUUCCAUUGCAGUAUUGACCAUCAUCCUUGAUUGUGUAUCGUGUAACACAAAUAAUGAUAUUAAAAGCAUCAAACAA